AUGGCGUCGAUUGCGUUGAGAAUAUUCAAUUUUCCACCAAUGUUUAGCAGUGUCGAUGUGCGGGAAUUUUUACACCUCUUUGGAUUGGAAGCGGUACGUUUUAUCAAACGGAGAAAUGCUGACGGUGCGAUUGUGAUUGUAAACAACGAGUCGGAAGCUCGGCUAGUGAUUGCACGGUUACACCAGCUGCUGAUCAAAACACACAGAUUAAAAGUAGAGUAUUCGAAUAAAAACGAGCCAGACUCAUCCGCCGGGAGAGAACCAACAAAACAUAAAGCUGUCGGCACGCCUGAACAGAGAUGUUUUCCAAUCGGAUUUGAAGGAUUCCCACCGCCGCAUCUUGCGUACCGAUAUCCCAAAUCUUCACCGGAAAUACUGGAAAACAUCACCAAAGAGCUGGCUUCGAACAGUGCGCUCUACUAUCAGACGCUGCAUUUGAUGAACAAAAUGAACCUGAAACCACCGUUUGAAAGUCGUCAGAAAGAGAACACAAUCACACCGAUAGCGCCGGAGCAAAGUUCUCAAAUGCAUUCGGGUAAUUUGUCGGAAGAGGAAUCGGAGCUUGAAUCGGAUUCGGAAUUAAACAGUACUAGAAAGACGAAAACAUCCUAUAACUUGUUAAAGCACACUAUGAAGGUAGUCAACUAUGAGCCUUCCUCAGUAGAGCUACAAACUACCCAGAAACCACCGAAAAAGGCGAAACUUGAAAUAAAUAUUUCCGGAGCGUUAUUAACAGCACCUCCACCAGCAUCACCUGCGAACGAUACUGUCCCAGAAACAGUGGAGAGCAUCCCAUACACACAGGAAGAGGCUCCCACACUAUCGAUAGAAGAUAUUGUAUCCAAUCGAAUUCCUGACGAGCAACGAAAAACAUUGAACGUUUUCCAAAACUACAGUCCAGGAGAACCGACCAACAAGCUGUAUAUUAAGAAUCUCGCCAAACAAGUGACGGAACAGGAUCUGAUGGCACUGUUCGGCAUGUUCUUCCAAGCCAAAUUGCUCAAAACAAUCGACGUGAGGUUGAUGAAAACGGGAAGAAUGAAGGGCCAAGCAUUUGUUACCUUUGUUCCUGUUGAGGAAGAUGAAGAUUCGCCAGGUUGCGGUAGAUUUCGGCAAUGUAUUGAGCGAGCGCUGAGCACAGUUAAUGGAUACAUUUUAAAAGACAAACCGAUUGUAGUUUCUUAUGCUAAAAGUGUCUAA